CUACCUUCAAAGUUCCAAACAAAAAGUUUACGCAUUUCCCCGACGACUCUACCAACCAUGAGGAGCCGUCAGAACACGAAGACAUGAAAAUUCAUUCUUGCCCCUCAAAUAUCUACUUAUUUACAUAAGUUCACCGCAUAACUCUCAAACAUGAGAGGGGUGUUUACGGAAAUUACUGCAAAUACUCGUCCGACUCCGCUCUUAAACUCAAUGUCGUUGCCAGUCGCAGUCGUCAGUGUUGCGUCUCUCGUUAACUAUGUACUCUGCUAUCACUCUCGGCCGGCCACUACGCUGCCGGCGAUUUCCCGGUGACCGGAGUACAAAGCCGAUCAAAAGUGAACCGGCGAAAUUCAAAGUGCCUUCAAGCUCUCUUCAAUUGCCCAAGGGCAAUUGUUCCGGCAGCGUCUCGUCAACGGGUAAUUUUCUCGGUUUUGGACUUCGGAAUGGUUUGUCACUCGUUUCUGGAUUCGUUCUUCGAUCUCGAGCCGGUGUUUCCUCGAACGAUGCUCAGUUCGGUUCGUUUAACGAGGAUAAGGAUGUCGAGGCGCCGAGUCGUUUCGAGUUUAUCACGUCUGAGAGGGUUAAGGUUGUGGCCAUGCUUGCUUUGGCUCUCGCGCUUUGUAAUGCUGAUCGGGUUGUGAUGUCCGUUGCGAUUGUUCCGUUGUCUCUAUCCCAUGGCUGGAGCCGAUCGUUCGCCGGUAUAGUUCAGUCAUCGUUCCUUUGGGGUUAUUUUGUUUCUCCAAUAGCCGGCGGAGCGCUGGUGGACUACUACGGUGGUAAGAUGGUUAUGGCCUGGGGGGUGGCUUUAUGGUCACUGGCCACAUUUCUGACUCCUUGGGCCGCUGAAACUUCGUUAUGGGCACUUCUCGCUAUGCGUGCUUUGCUCGGCGUUGCUGAAGGUGUGGCCCUUCCUUGUAUGAACAACAUGGUUGCUAGAUGGUUUCCUCCAACAGAACGAGCCAGGGCUGUUGGUAUUGCAAUGGCUGGGUUUCAGUUAGGAAGUGCAAUAGGGCUCGUGCUUUCUCCAAUCCUAAUGUCUCGAGCUGGUAUACUUGGACCAUUUGUCAUUUUUGGGUUGUCUGGGUUUUUAUGGGUUCUUGUAUGGUUAUCUGCAAUAUCCAGUACUCCUGAUCAGAAUCCUCAGAUAUCCAAAUAUGAAUUGGAAUAUGUACUAAAAAAGAGGCAAGAACCUUUAGUGGUGGAGAAAGUACCCCGGAAUACUGUUAUUCCUCCAUUUAGGCGGCUACUUUCUAAAAUGCCAACAUGGUCUCUUAUCGUUGCCAAUGCUAUGCAUAGUUGGGGAUUCUUCGUGAUUCUUUCAUGGAUGCCUAUCUACUUCAACUCCGUAUAUCAUGUUGAACUCAGACAAGCAGCGUGGUUUAGUGCUGUUCCGUGGAGUGUGAUGGCAGUGAUGGGAUAUUUUGGUGGAUUGUGGUCAGAUGGGUUAAUACGAAGUGGUACAUCUAUCACUUUGACGCGAAAAAUGAUGCAGUCAAUAGGUUUUAUUGGCCCUGGGAUUGCUCUGAUCGGUCUUACAUCAGCCAGAAGUGCAUCAAUAGCAUCCGCAUGGUUGACUUUGGCAGUUGGGCUGAAAUCUUUCAGCCACUCCGGCUUUCUUGUGAACCUUCAGGAGAUUGCUCCACAAUACUCUGGCGUGCUUCACGGCAUGUCUAAUACUACUGGUACACUUGCUGCUAUUGUGGGAACAGUUGGGGCUGGUUUCUUCGUGGAACUUGUGGGCUCUUUCCAAGGAUUUCUGUUGCUAACCUCUGUUCUGUAUUUCAUGGCUGCGCUUUUCCACAUCCUAUUUUCUACGGGGAAGAGGGUAAAUUUUGAAGAAACUAGUUCUGCAGAGUAACCUCAGUUUCCAGUGAACAAAUUCUUGCUCAUCCGGUGUUUAAGAUUAUGCCAAGUAACUAGUCAUGUUGAAGAGAACGGAGAG